AUGGCUAGAGGUAAUCAAAGAGACUUGGCAAGACAAAAAAACAUGAAAAAGCAAAUGGACCUGGCUAAGGGCCAGAAAAAAAAUGGUGAUCCAAAGAAGAGAAUGGAAUCGGACGCUGAAAUCUUGAGACAAAAGCAGGCUGCUGCAGACGCUAGAAGAGAGGCUGAGAGGCUCGAGAAGCUGAAGACUGAAAAGGCAAGAAGAUAG